AUGUGACCCCAACCCUGCCUCCCUCCCCACCCCAUGAUGUUAGAAGAGAUGCAACAGAGUCAAUUGGCAGCAGCCAAGAAAAAGCUGAAAGAAUAUCAGCAGAGGAACAGCCCUGGUCUUCUGGCAGGAGCGAAGACAAAAAAGAAGAAAACUGGCAGUAGCCCUGAGACAACCACUUCUGGUGGUUGCCACUCACCAGGGGAUAGCCAGAACCAAGAACUGGAAGUAGCCCUGGACUCAAGCUCUGCAACAAUCAAUCAACUCUAUGAAAACAUAGGAUCACUGAAACAACAGAAGAAACAAGUGGAACAUCAGCUGGAAGAAGAAAAGAAAGCAAACAAUGAAAUACACAAAGCACAAACGGAGCAGUUAGAGACAAUCAAAAUCCUCACGCUGGAAAAGGCAGACUUGAAGACCACCCUUUACCAUACUAAACGUGCCGCCAGACACUUCGAAGAAGAGUCCAAGGAUCUUGCUGGCCGCCUGCAAUACUCCUUACAGCGUAUUCAAGAAUUGGAGCGGGCUCUCUCUGCUGUGUCUACACAGCAGCAGGAAGAGGACAGGUCCUCGAGCCGCAGUGAAGCAGUCCUCCAGCGGCAGUUACAGCAGACCAGAAAGGAGCGGGCGCUGCUGAACGCACACGUGACACAGGUGACAGAGUCACUUAAACAAGUCCAGCUAGAGAGAGAUGAAUAUGCUCAACAUAUAAAAGGAGAGAGGGCCCGGUGGCAGGAGAGGAUGCGGAAAAUGUCGGUGGAGGCUCGCACAUUGAAGGAGGAGAAGAUGCGUGACAUACAUCGGAUACAGGAGCUGGAGAGGAGCUUGUCCGAAUUCAAACACCAGAUAGCUGAGCCCCCAUCCCCGGUGGACCCAGCAGGGACAUCUGAGUUGGAACAGCUACAAGAUGAGGCCAAACACCUGAGGAAGGAGGUGGAAAGUCUGGAGGGAAAGCUCCAAUUCCAGAUGGAAAACAAUCAGGCCUUGAGUCUCCUGAGCAAGGAACAAAAGGAGAGGCUCCGGGAGCAGGAAGAGAGGCUCCGAGAGCACCAGGAGACGCUUCAAAAGCAGGAGGAGAGGCUCCAAGAGCAGGAAGAGAGGAGGUUGCGGGAGGAGGAGAGACUAUGUGAGCAAAAGGAGAGGCUUCGGGAGAAGCAGAAGAGGCUGGGGGAGCAGGAUGAGAGGCUGCAAAAGCAGGAGGACAGGCUAUGAAAGCAGGAGGAGAGGCUGCGAAAGGAGGAGGAGAGGCUGCAAAAGCAGGAGGAGAGGCUACAAAAACAGGAGGAGAGGCUGCGAAAGCAGGAGAGGCUCGUGCUCUCCCAGAACCACAAGUUCCACAAGCAGCUGGCCGAGCCACAGUGCGGCUUCGAGGAUCUGAACAACGAGAACAAGAGCGCUCUGCAGUUGGAGCAGCAAGUGAAGGAGCUGCAGGAGAAGCUGAGUGAGGAGCACCUAGAAGCUGCCAGCCAGCAGAACCAACAGCUAGAGACCCAGUUCAGUCUCAUGGCUCUCCCUGGACAAGGAGAUGGAGGAGGACAUCUGGACACUGAGGAGGAAGGGGUGCCUCAGCCUAUGCCAAGCAUCCCAGAGGACCGGGAGAGCCGGGAAGCCACGAGCGGCUUUAUGGACUUCCCGAGAGAGAAGGUGGACGGGAAGCAGCAGGUGGAGAAACUAGAGCUUGGAUUCAUCCAGCUCUCUGGAGUGACAGAUGGCAUGAGAGAGCACAUCACGGUAUAUGAGAGCCAGGGGGCAGGGCCAAACACACGGCACAAGGAGGAGGAAGCCAGCAGGCUGGCCCAGAAUGAGGAGGAGAUGAAGGUGAAGCUGCUGGAGCUGCAAGAUAUGGUGUUACUGGUUGUGGACGACCACGAGGGGCAUGACAAAUUCCUCCCUGCUGCCCAGAACCCUGUUGAUCAGCCCGCUCCAGGGGCCCCAGUCCCCCAGGAACUUGCGGCUGCUGAGGAGUAGGACCACUGCUUCCCUCUCUCCGAAGAUUUUCAUGACAGCGUGGAGCCUGCACCGGGAGAGGCCAGGGAGGGUUCUCCCUGUGACAACCCCACUGCACAGAAGAUCGUGCAGCUGCUUCCUGUAAUGCAGGACACCCAGGAGCACCCAGGCUUGGCCAGCAAACCCUGCGUCCCAUUCUUUUACCGGGCAGCGGAGAACAGGGAGAUAAACAUCAUCAUCAUCUGAGAGCUGGUCAAGAAAUUGAAAAAAAAACAACAACAAAAAGUUAUGGGGUUAAUCCCCUACACAAUUCAUUUACUUCAUUUGAAUGUUAGAGCCCCUCAUGUUUAUUUUGUGUUUCUAAUUUACAGUUUAAAUUUAUUUAUAAAAAGUUAAGGGAGAGGGAUCUUUCCCUAAUGUUCACUGUGGCAUCCUUUAGCAUUUUUGUUUUUACUUUGAUAAUUGUAGGUCUUUAGCAUGCAUAUCGAGUUUGCCCUUAGGUGGUGGGAGUUCAAACACACAAAGACCCACUAUUUGCACAAAACUAUUCUUGCUGGUUUGGAAUAGGCUGCCAGUUUUUUUUUUUUUUUUUAAUGUUAUUGCAGCAUGUAUAUUCAUUACAGAAUUCAGAUAAAAUUCACUGGUGUUCUGCUAUGAUGUUUGAUCGAAUCCUAUUCACAGUGAGCUCUUCAUUAGCUCAAUAUGUGGUUUGCCCUCAAGUGCGCACUGUUUCUUACUUUGUAAUAUGCCACUGUGAGUACUGACAUUUAGAGUUGUUUAAAGGCCGAGAACUGGAAACAGCCUUUCCCCUAUUUUCUGUGUAUUGGGGGUGGGAGUGAUAACAUUUUGGGGAGCUUUUUAAAUCUCACAGAAGAGGGAAGUGGCCUGUGCUGGCAGGUGUGUGCAGGAUAGAGUGUGUUUCAUCUGUUCUGGUGCCAAGAAUGAGCGCCGUACUAUGGUAGUUCCCUUAGGAUUUGUAUGUGCUCUGGGCUCAUGAAGAAGAUAUUGCAUCAUGAGCUGCAGCAGUUGGACUCUUUCUCAAUGACCUAAAAGGGGAUUAUUUCUGAGGAAUGAAAGGCUCCCAUCAUGGACUAUGGAUGUGGAAAAUCUUUUCUAGCUUAGAGCCUUUAUAUCUACAAUACAUUUUAAAGUCAGAGUUCAUGUUACCUGUUUUAAUCACAUGACUACAAGUCCCAGUAUGCAAAAGGGAACUGGUUGGCAUUCUUCUUAAUGUAUUUAGUGAAGAUCAUAAGAAAUCCUUUCAGAGUUUAAAUGUCCCUGGAACAGGCAUACAGGCUCUAGUCAAGAAUGAAUUUGAGUGAAGGAAAGCUGUGUGACACCUGGCGUGCCUCUAUGUUCACGGAGCUUCUUUGAGGCUAGAAGAUUGAUUUUACCAUCUAGACCUCUCUGGCUAAUACCUAUUCUUCAGCCGUAUUGGUUAAUCUGACACAGGAAUUUACUUAUUUUCCUUGAAUGGAAAACAUUGUAAAAACAAUAACCACCAUUAUUAAAACCAAUAUAUGUGAGAGUACUUAGUUGAAACCAAAAGGAGAUUUAGUAGACAGUAUUAUACUGCAUUUGAAAAUCAAGGGGAAGUUUAUGCAACUUAAAAUGUUUACAAGCUGCAGUCAAUCUACUAUGGGUGAAUGUCAAAGUGUUAUGAGGAAAAGUGUCUAUACAAUCACAGAGUUAUGUUUCCUCACAGAGUUCUUUACAAAGAGUGAACUAUGUUUUUAUACCUCUCAGUUUCAGUUAGAGGCAUAUUUUGUGCCAUAUUUAUGUUAAUGUGUCUGUACAUGAUGAAUGAAUUAUUUCAGUCAUACAUUGCCUAAAUCAUAACUUUAUGAUGCUUGGGAAAGAAUCAACAGCUAAAACUUCAUGAAGUUCUAAUGUCUGUGUUCCAAAAUACAUCACAUUAUUAGGAUGUAGGGAGAGAUGUAUGUGCGCUCCCUGGGGUGGGCAUUUCUAGUCACUAGACCAUCUCCAUUUUUAGCAUUUGGCAUCCUCAUGAUACUUUUAUACAUAUGACAUUAAUAGGAGAGCAAUAGUACGAUUUUACAGAUGGAAUAACAGAUUUGCCUGCAUUCACUGAAAGGGUGCAAAUAUUAAGUCCUUGUGACUUCAACUGACUCUUCCAAAUUGUAUGGAUUUAUCAAUGUAUUAGAUAAACCCAGUUUCAAAUGAUAAAGAAAAACUGUUAGACCAAAUAGUGUGGCUA